GGGAAAAUAUUUGAUUUGGUUUCUUCUUCGGACGAUGUAGGAAAUUGGAGGAAAAAGAAUGGUGCAGCUCUACAUGUAAUUCAUACUACAUUGUCGGUAGAAAUUUUUGUUCAAAUAAAGAAAUCAGUUCGGUAAAAGUUGUUUGGAAUAAAUUAGCCAAAAUGGAUCAAGAGAGGCAAUCUAAAUCGAAACCAGAAAUUGGCGUGGGGGCAUCGGAUGGGAAAAAGGAUGAAAUAACUGAAAUAACUGAAAUACUUCAUUGUGAGGGGUGGGGUACAGGAGAAGAAGAUGAGAUGAUUGAAGACUCUCACCUUGUGGACUUGAGAAAAAGGAUUUGCGAAGGAGAUUGGAAUGCUGUUAAGCAGUUUUUUGACAGGCAUCCACUAGAUACAAUAAUAUUAUCAAACGAAGGCUACACUGCUCUUCAUGUUGCAAUACUGGUCGGGCAAUAUGAGAUCGCCGAGGAUUUGAUAAAGAUGAUGUCGGGAAUAGAUCUGGAAAAAAGGACUGCGUGGUACAGUGAUGGUCACACUGCUCUUACCUUGGUUGCAACGACGGGAAGAAUAGGCUUGGCAAAAUGCAUGGUCCAAAAGAACAGCAAUUUACUUAUUCUUGCAAAUGCUCUGGGCUAUAUUCCAGUAACUGCCGCAUGUGCUGCGGGCCACAAGGACAUGGCAUACUACCUUUAUCGUCGCACCCCACCCGAAGUGUUCCUAUCAUAUUUUGGUAAAUAUGGAUUGGAUCUCAUGAGGGCGGGCAUAGAUAACAAAAUUUUAGUUCAAUCUCUUUCGAAUUGUGGAGCGGUUAAGGCGAUGUUUGAAGCUACCAAGCAGGGCAUUGUUGAAUUCGUCGCUGAGCUAUUGAAAAUAACCCAACCACUCAUUUUCACUGAGAAUGAUUAUCAAAGAAACGUUUUCAUGAUAGCAAUCCAAUAUCGUCAAGAACGCAUUUUCAGCCUCCUAUAUGGCAUUAAUGAGGAAUGGACAGCCCAUAUUCUUAAUCAGACAGAUAUAUGCAGGAAUAAUAUGUUACAUGUGGCAGGGGAGCUAGCUCCUCCUCCUCAACAUGCACGAAUCUCCAGCCCCGCAUUGCAUAUGCAAAGAGAAGAGGUGGAAAGCAUUGUUCCAGAAUGGUGCAAAAAAUCUAAAAAUGAUAAUGGUGAAACCCCUUAUGAAGUAUUUUCAAAGAGCCAUAAAGAAUUAGUGGACAAGGGGGAAAAAUGGAUGAGGGACAUGGCAAAUUCUUUUAUUGUUGUCGGUACUCUCAUUAUUACGAUCACGUUUGCUGCAGCCAUUACUCUUCCAGGCGGCAAUGCUCAAAAUGGCUUCAGUCUUAAUGUUUAUGGGAAUCCUAGCAUCGCGCUUCGACCCGGUAGAUUUUCUCCAGUCCUUACCCAAGAAGUUGAUCAUUUUCCUCUCCACUAUUCUUAUUUCUAUUGCAGCAAUGAUGGUUAGCUUUUCUGCUGCUCUUUGGAUUAUACUACAACAUCGACCGUGGGCAAUCAUUCCCAUAAUUAUAAUGGCUAGCAUUCCAGUUACAUUUUUUGUAUUGUUGCAGUUUCCCCUCCUUGUUGAAAUUUAUUCUUUGACAAAUGCUACGGGAAUAUCUUUUGACAGAAAAAUGAAGCCUUGGCUGUAGUGGAGAUCAAGUUGAUUGAUUUUUCUGGAGCAUAAGCGAGCAGUUUCCCCUUCAAGUUGAAAUCCUUUAGCUUGUUCUUUGGUUAUGUUUGUUGGAACUUCUAAUUUCCCUGUUC